AUGUCCACCACCAAAGUAACCAUCUUCCUCGCCGGCGCCACCGGGUACAUUGGAGGAUCUAUCCUGCAGCGGCUGCUCGCCCACCCCAACAAGCAGAACUUUGAGAUCACCGCUCUGGUCCGCAGUGCAGACAAGGCGAAGCGUCUUGAAAGCGAAUUUGGCGUGAAGACUGUCAUAGGCUCGCUCCAGGACCUCGACAAGCUUGAAGCCCUCGCCGAGAAUGCACAUGUUGUCAUCCAAGCGGCGGAUUGCGACGAUGUGAAUGCCACCAACGCCAUACUGCGCGGACUGAAGGCGCGGCACGAAAAGACCGGCGACGUGCCCAUCAUGAUCCACAACUCCGGUACAGGCGAGCUUAUGGACGACGCGCAAGGAGCGUUCAAGUCAGACAGGGUCUAUUCCGACCUUAACAUCGCCGACAUCGAGGCCCUGCCGCCCACCGCCAUCCACCGCCCGGUCGACGUCCUCGUCGUCGCCGCAGAUGCUGCCGGUUACGCACGCACGCACAUCAUCAUGCCCUCGGUGAUAUACGGCGUCGCCACCGGCCCACUGUUCGACGCAGGCAUCGCAAACGCGCACACGUUGGUCUUCCCGCUUUACGUACGCGCCGCGCUCCACCACAAGCACCUCGCUAUGCUCAACGAGGGCGCGACGUGCUGGGCGAACGUGCAUAUCUCCGAUAUCACGGACUUGUUCAUCCGGAUGCUCGACACUAUCCUGAGCAACCCGGAGAAGGUCUCUCACGGGCGCGAAGGGUACUUUUUCGGCGCAAACGAGGAAUUCAGCGGGCGAGAGGGCGUGCAGGCGGUCUCAGACGCCCUGUUCGCCCUCGGACGCAUCCCCUCCCCGGAAGUCGUCAAGUACUCGCUCGAUGGCCUCGCAAAGUACUAUGCCAGCAUAUUGCCGCCUUCGUUCGGCAGCCACGGCGGACAGUUUGUCGCGCGUGCGCUGUUUUCGAACACACGCUGCACGGGGGACCGUGCGCGUCGUGAGCUCGGAUGGGCGCCGGCACAUACGACGAAGGAUAUGUUCGAGGGCUUGAAGUCCGAGGUAGAGAUUCUCGUCAAGAAGAUUGAGGCGGAGAAGAGCGCUUGA